CCGUUUCUGUCACAACCAAUAAGCUUGCUUUGACUCAACCGACUUUUUUUACACGAUAUAGUGAAAAUACCAAAAUAAAGCAUAACAAAAAUGGAAGUGUGUAAUAAAAAGAAACGAAAUUUACCCGACUGGAUGAAAUCGAUGCAAUGUACCGUUCAAAUUGAAAGACUGGGUAUGGAUAUGAUAGUUGAACCAAAUGUUGCAACUGACGAAAAAGAAAAUUCAAACAUAUUAAAUGUGACUGAUGAAACGAAAAGCCAAUCGAAUGAUGUGCCAAUUAAACGGUAUCGAACACGAUCGAGCGUGUCUAAUGCUGAAACUCUUCAAAAUAAUACACAAGUACAAAGAAAAGAACGGUCAGCGACCGCACCAAGGCCAAAGCCAGCAUUCAUCGACUACAAAGGCAAAGUUGAAUACUAUACCGAUUUUAUUGAUAUUGCAUUCGCAGCGGAUACGCUACUGACAUGGGUGAAUGGUCAACAAACAAAUGAAAUGAUACCGGUUGCAUUCGAUAUGGAAUGGCCAUUUACAUUUCAAACGGGGCCAGGUAAAACAGCCGUCGUUCAACUCUGUGCAAAUGUUGAUUUAUGCUACGUUCUUCACAUUGCCGAUUUGAAAAAAUUGCCAGCGGCUCUUGUGCAAUUAUUGAUGCAUGACAAAGUAUUGCUGCAUGGAGUCAACAUUAAGAAUGAUUGCCGAAAAUUGGAGCGAGACUUUCCUGAAAUAAACUCACAAAAGAUGAUUGAUCAAUGCAUCGAUCUGGGCGUAUAUUGCAAUAAAAUCAUGAACACUGGUGGCAGAUGGAGUAUGGAACGACUUGUUUGGUAUCUUUGUCGCCUGAAAAUAAACAAGGACAAAAAAGUGCGAAAUAGUAAAUGGCACAUAAUGCCAUUGUCGACUGAACAACAAAUCUACGCUGCUAUCGAUGUAUAUAUAUCACAAGUGAUGUUCUACAAAUUAAAAGCAAAAGAAGUGGAACAAGAAGAAGAGACUCGAAAAUUUAUUGAAGAAUACGGCGAACAAGCCUACAUCGAACGACAAAAACUACUCUAAUCGCAAUUCUAUUCAAGGUGUUCAACAA